AUGUAAUAAUUUAGUUGUAGCAACAUUGACGUGGAUAGUUCUACAUUUUUGUUUUGCCCUACGAUACUCAUUAAAAUACAGCAGUGUUGUGCAAUAGAACGAAUGGAAUGGAGUAAAACACAGAUUGCUACUUCCUAGGCUGUGAGCUGUCAUAGCUGUCUUGUUGUUUGGGAUAGCGGUUUCACGGUCUAGCCAGCUGACGUUGUAGUGCGAAGAUCCUUGAAGAUGGGCAACGUAAAAUAUUGUCAUCUUAAGUCGUUAUAGAGUUUCAUCUUUGUAAACUCCCUUUUAUCUUAUUUUUAUUAUCACAAUCGACAUGGAUCAAGCAAAUGGAUACAAUUUGUUUAAGAAUACAAACACGUUUAGCUGUCGUCAAUGAGAAAAGGCUAGCAAGCGUUAUCAUUAACGUUAACGUUGCUGCAGUCAUCUAUGCAGUCAACCCACGCUAGCUGGAGAGCUAGGUAGCUUGCUAGCUACCUGAUCUGACAUGUAACUUACGGAAGGUAAUGCUAAGUUACGAUUAAUGAAACGCACCAAUAGCUUUGCUGAAUUAAGAUCCGUAUAGGUGAUCUUUAGCUAUAUGCGCUGCGGCCCAUCCUACGCACCAAAUAUUGCAACGAUCAACGGUGGAUAGGAGGCAAAGACUGCCUGUAGGUUGAGCAGAUUUGGGUGUGGUAACCCCCAGUUCCUCCAAUGAUCCCCAUCAAUUCCAUGAAACCUGGGCUGCCUCCAACACCGCACAGUGACAGCUCCUACCUAUAUGACCCUGCAUCCUGGCAACAACAAAGCAACCAAUCAGCAGGAUCCCUUUCUGUGGUAACCACAGUGUGGGGUGUGAGUAAUCCUACGCCAAAUCAGGUUCUGGGCACUCCUAUUGGACCAGGUGGGAAUCACGUGGGUGGUGCUAUGAUGUCAAGUGGAGGGCCUGGUGUGAAUUCUGCUCAGUUCAUGGGACAGCCGGGUUACCCUGAUGCAAAUAAGGGCUACAUGCAGCAGGGUGUCUAUGGGCGAGGAGGGGGAGGAUACCAAUCUGGACCUGGUUAUGGCGGGAGUUACUCUGGAAAUGGAGGAGGCUCUAUGGGCAUGCCUCCCCAUGGGGCUCGAUCUACAGACUUUACCCAAGCUGCAGCCGCUGCUGCUGUAGCUGCUGCCGCUGCCACAGCAACAGCCACAGCCACAGCAACUGUUGCUGCCAUCCAAGAGAAGCAGAACCAGGAAAUGAACUAUGGCCAGAUGGGCAACCCUGGCCCCUACAGCUCCCAGUUCCUUCCACCCUCUGGAUCUAGAUAUCCCCCUGGGAUGGGACCCUCACGACCACCCUCCAUGGGUCCUGUGUUUGCUCAGGGUCAGAGGAUGCCCCAUCACCCAUCAUAUUCUGUAGGGCAGCAAGGACCUCCACGACUCCCUCAAGGCCUCAAACGGCCCUACAACUCAGAGGGAUAUCCUGGUCCACCAUAUGGUCAAGGGCCAGGACCGGGUCCUUAUCCUGGGCAACCUAUGCAGUACUCUGGUCAGGCUUCCUCCUCUCCCUCCUACACUGCUGUUCAACAGCAAGGGAACAUUGGACAAUACCCACCUGCACCUGGAAAUCCUGGCCAGUACUACAAAGCAGAGCAGUUCAAUGGACCAGGCAACACAUCUCUGAACACAUUAGCGGGGAGUGCUGGAGGACCAUACAACACAUUUAACCAGGUCACAGUCAAUGGGCCUGGUAGAGCAUUACCCAAUUACCCCAGCUCACCACUGCCUGGAAACCCAACCCCUCCUAUGACUCCAGGCAGUUCCAUGGCUCCUUACAUGUCUCCUGGCCAUGAUGUCAAAUCCCCCUACCUGUCUGAUGUCAAGCCAAAUGUCACCACCUUGCAGCCUCCUGCACCUCCGCCACCCACAGCCAAUCAAGUAGACGAACUGCGGCUUACAUUCCCUGUGCGUGAUGGUGUGGUGUUAGAACCGUUCCGCCUGGAGCACAAUUUGGCUGUCAGCAACCAUGUCUACCAGCUGCGAGAGACUGUCUUUAAAACGCUUAUGAUGAGACCAGAUCUGGAACUGCAGUUCAAGUGUUACCACCAUGAGGAUCGACAGAUGAACACUAACUGGCCAGCCUCUGUACAGGUGAGUGUUAAUGCUACUCCACUUACCAUUGAACGUGGGGACAACAAAACCUCUCAUAAGCCCCUUUACCUGAAGACCGUGUGUCAGCCUGGACGCAACACAAUCCAGAUCACAGUCUCUGCUUGUUGUUGUUCCCAUCUGUUUGUGCUGCAACUGGUUCACAGACCAUCAGUGCAGUCCGUUCUUCAAGGUCUAAUGAAGAAGAGACUGCUGCCUGCCGAUCACUGUAUCGCUAAGAUUAAGAGGAACUUCACCAGUGGCACGAUACCAGGCUCUGUAGGGCCAAAUGGAGAGGACGGAGUGGAGCAGACAGCCAUCAGGGUGUCCCUGCAAUGCCCAAUUACAUUCCGCCGCAUUCAACUUCCAGCACGUGGUCACGACUGCAGGCACAUUCAGUGUUUCGACCUAGAGUCAUACCUGCAGCUGAACUGCGAGAGGGGAACCUGGCGUUGUCCUGUAUGCAAUAAAACUGCAUUGCUGGAGGGAUUGGAAGUUGACCAGUACAUGCUGGGCAUUCUGAUUUAUAUCCAAAACUCGGAUUAUGAGGAAAUUACAAUAGAUCCAGUGUGCAAUUGGAAGCCAGUUCCAGUCAAGCCAGACAUCCACAUUAAGGAAGAGUCUGACGGGCCUAUUCUGAAGCGCUGCCGCACCCUUAGCCCUAGUCAUAUGAUCCUGCCCAGUGUCAUGGAGAUGAUAGUUUCCCUUGGGCCUUCUUCAGGACCUGGACCUGCAUCCACCUCAAGCUCAGGACCCACCCCUUCCUCAUACCCCUCCAUAACAAGUGGAGGGACUGGAGGGGGUCAGGACUACAAUGCUCCAGGUUCAGGAUUCACCAACCAGUCAGGCUUCACAGAAUUCCAGAACUCCCCUGGAACUCCAACCUUGGGAGAGUUUCCCUCUGGGCGCCCAUCUAUGACCUACCAAGCUGACCAUCCCAGAAGUGUCACAACAGAAAAGCAAGCAGGAGUUGCUGCACCCUCACAGGUGGCCCAUUCAGGCAGAAUGGACUCCCACAAUUCAUUGCAGAGGCAGCAACAACAGCAGAGUGUGCACAACAAUGUUGAGAGUUCAGGAGUACCUUUGCCUCCACACACCUCCCAAAAUCCACGGCUGAACCCAGAGGGCUCUUUUGGAUUUGUGGGCCCCUCAGGAGCAGAGAUGACAGAUCCUGCUCUGGAUAAUGUCAAGGGUUUAAUCCAGCCCUUCCAAUCCAGCUGUUCAGACCAUCAUAAGUAGGAUGCUCUGAACCAUCGGAAUAAGUUGCUCCCUGAGUUGACCAAUCCAGACGAGUUGCUGUCAUACCUUGGUCCUCCUGAUCUCCCAAACAACAGCAAUGAUGAUUUGCUCUCUCUUUUUGAGAGCAACUGAAAAGGACUUCAUUCACAUUGUUUUAAGAUCUUCUCAAACCGUCCUCCAACCUAAGUGUGUGUGUGUGUGUGUGUGUGUAUCUGUGUACCUGUCUGUGCGUGUGUGUGUCUGUUUGUGUGUGUGUGUGCGUGCGCGUGUGCGCGUGUGUGUGUGUGUGUGUGUGUGUGUGUGCGUGCGUAUGUGCGUGCGUAUGUGCUCACACAUAUUUGGUUCCUCCUUUGCUUCCUGAAGAGAUUCAUAGAUUUUAUUCAACCCCCCUGAAAGUCAUCGCCAUUUUCUGAUUUACAAAAGAUACUCACACAUUUUUCAAAUCAGUAUUUUCAUUUUGAACACUUAUGCAGUACUUCUAAAGACUAAGUUAUUUUUCUAAAAACCUAAAAUAUUCCACUUGCAUAAGUAUAACCGUAUAUGAGCAUAAGCAUAAACCGUAAAUGAUGGUUCUGUUCCAAACGGGAAAAACUGCUGCCUUUUAAGAUAUCUAACAGGGACAUGAGACAACAAGUGUGUUUGAUCAAACUCUUUUCAUGCCUUCUAAGAUCCCUUCAAACUACCCCCAAAACGGUAAUUUUUGAAGGCCAUGUAUCCUCUGUGUUGCCUAUUACCCACAAAUCUAUGCGGCAACUCUCUGAGACAGCUUUUGCUUAGAUUUGUAAAUCUAGCAAGAAAUAAUAACUGUACUAUUUGAUUAUACCGUUGUUGUUACCAUUGAUGGCGUCUGGUCUGAUUUAUGUGCCGUCUGUCAGACAACUUUCUACCAUUAGCCUGCUAGCCUCUGUAAGCUAGUUUAACGUUCUUGCUUGUGCUAAAGCAGAGACUUUCUAAUGAAGAGAUUUAAAAAAAAAAAAAUCCUCCAAAGUUAAAUCCUCCUGUCAAAGUUAUCUUAAAAGACUGUUCAAAACCAUCAUUCUUAAAAGGUGCCGUCACUCCAAAGUCAGUCUUAUGAGACACCCUCUCUACCACAGCAGCGAGGCAGCAAGACAAUGCCUUCCGUUUGGAACUGACCCGAUAAUAGGAGAGAAACCUUUGCUGCAAUAACAGCUUAAGAUUUUCAGAGGGUCAAGACAGAACUAUCUAUGUUCAUUGUUCUGAAGUGUUACCCCCUUUCUUCUUGGUAGAAUUUGAUUCUGACUUUUGUUGAUUGGAUAGUUGUCCUACAGUAGAGUGCAACAGGUUUUCUGUAAGAUUUUGAUGAGGGCUCUGAGCCAUUCUACAAUAUUCACUUUGUUGUUUUUGAGCCACUCCACUGUUGCUUUAGCCUUGGGUGAUUGUCUUCCAAGCCUCACUUUUACAACAGACUGCAACAGCUUUCUUGUGAUAUUGUAUAGAAAUUAAUUCCAUUUAUUUUCACUUAAAUUCUAAAAAGUUUCCCUUUUCCUACAAACAAGAACUAUCCCCAUAUUGUACAGUUGGUAUAGCAUUUUUUGAGGCAUUGUCAGUUUUUGAUUUGUGCCACAGGUAGUGCUUUUAGGAUUGGCCAGACGGCUCUCAUUUGGUUCUUGCAUGGCCAUAGAAAACUCCACAUCUUUACCAAUCUCCACACAUGUCUAAUGCAGUCCAGUUUCAUUAAUAGUUAUUAAGAUUGCACCACCUACACCACCUUCCAAAUUCCAGUCACUGAACACUGAACUUUGAAGAUUUUUCGGGGUGGUGGUUGAAUUCUGUUUAACCUCCUCCACAACUUAAUAUUUCCUGGAAAGAUUAGUUAGAGUCACAACAUUGUAGGAGGGACAAUCCUACAAAGCAAGCAAGUGAUGUAAUGCAAAUUUCAGUUUUCUUCUUCUGGAUCCAGUGGUGCUAAUUUGAACAUCAAAACACUUGGAUAUUUUCUUGGAGAGCUGCACGAAAGAGUUUUGCACCAUUCAAUUCCAUUUGAAUCUCUAGCAAAAAGGUAAAUGGGAUAGAACUGCUAUGCUAUAGACUGUACAAAUAGAUACUUGCAGGAAUCCUCAGCUCUCUUUCUCCAGACUGCUGUCCAUGCAUUGCCCCUCUAUCGUAUCCGAGGUAUAUGUUUAUAGUUUGUUAGAGACAUUUCUUGCGCUGUACAGUGGUAACAGAUAAUUGCGAUAAUUGCGGAGGGUGAAGUGAAGUGAACCCGGUCAGAGCCGCUCUGUGAUCAAAGUUAGAGUUGUGGCACAACAAAAAAUGUAACUUCAAGUUGAAGCUCCCCAGUUCGACCCCAUUUGCCACUGACUUUUCAGUGUUUAGACAAUGAUUUGACAGCGUGACACAAGCAUGGGCAGAAAUGUAAAAGGUUCCACUACAAAAUGAAGAGGCUAAUUUCAUGCAUUUUGAGCUUCCCGGAGCUGUAUAAUGUUACAUCUAAAGCUUACCAUGAUCUAAAUUUAAAAAAAAAAACUCCUGGAGAGAGAAAAACGGCGGGAUGGGACUUCCAGGUAGCCUAGUUAAUUUAAUGCAGGCUAUUUAACACAUGCACAUGUAUUUAAGCUCAGAUACAACCUUAAAUAU